UUUUUUUUGGGUUGAUCCGUUCCCCUCCCUCGCUCGCUCCUCCUGCGGGAGCGCUGACCCGAGCGAAGGUCGAAAGCGAGGCUGCGCCGCGAUCGGCUCCCGGGUGCCGGCGGGUCGGAGGUUCGUGCCCCGGGGAGGGAAGAAAGAAUCAGUUAGCCGGUGACCCCCCGCCACCUCCCUCCCCGUGCCCACCUUUUGCCUGCCAGUCAUCCCCAGGCAAUCUCUCUCUCCACCCUCCCACCUCACCCCCUUCUCCCUUCCCUCCCUCCUUUCCCUGUUUUUUUUUCAUUCUCACCCUCCCUCCUUCCCCUCCGGAUGAAUCGGCUCCAGUGAAGACCCCGAAAAAGGACAACCCCGGAUUCCCGACUCAACUACACACACAACAACAAAAAAAACACGCAGAGGACGCUGCUGUUUUUUUUUCCCUUGGGGUGCCCCAGUUUUUGAUUUAACGUAGCUGGUGGUGUCCAGAUUGGAAGGCUGGAAGUCCACAAGCACCAAACGGCCCACAAUGCGCUGCUUAGCGUUUGCCGAAGGAAGAGUGUAAAUGGAUUUUGUCGAACGAGAGAGGAUGGCCCAUGGAAUUCCUUCGCAAGGGAAAAUUACCAUCACAGUGGACGAGUACAGCUCGAACCCGACUCAAGCCUUCACUCAUUACAACAUUAACCAGAGUCGCUUCCAACCGCCCCACGUGCAUAUGGUUGACCCCGUUCCGUAUGACACUCCGAAACCAGCAGGCCACACACGGUUCGUCUGUGUCUCAGACACACACUCGCGAACAGACGGCAUUCAGAUGCCGUAUGGGGAUAUUCUGCUCCACACCGGCGAUUUCACAGAGCUGGGACUCCCCACGGAGGUUAAGAAGUUCAACGAUUGGUUAGGAACCCUUCCCUAUGAAUAUAAAAUAGUCAUCGCUGGAAACCAUGAACUGACGUUUGAUAAGGACUUCGUUGCCGAGCUAGUGAAGCAGGAUUAUUACCGCUUCCCAUCUGUCUCGAAGUUGAAGCCUGAGGACUUUGACAAUGUCCAAUCGCUUCUGACCAAUUGUAUUUACGUGCAAGACUCGGAAGUGACCGUAAAAGGGUUUCAGAUCUACGGUACACCGUGGACCCCCUGGUUUAAUGGCUGGGGCUUCAACCUGCCUCGAGGUCAGUCCCUCCUUGACAAGUGGAAUCUAAUUCCAGAGGGUAUCGAUGUUCUCAUGACUCAUGGUCCACCUCUGGGUUUCCGAGACUGGGUUCCCAAGGAACUGCAGAGAGUAGGCUGUGUCGAGCUCCUAAACACAGUACAGAGGCGAGUGCGGCCAAAGCUACAUGUCUUCGGGGGAAUCCACGAGGGUUAUGGGAUUAUGACAGAUGGUUACACCACCUACAUCAAUGCCUCCACUUGUACAGUUAGUUUCCAGCCAAUAAACCCACCCAUUAUCUUCGACCUUCCGAACCCACAAGGAUCCUGAGCACCGGCCUUCUCGACAAAGUGGAGAGCCAUGAACUGCCAUUUUUUUUUUCUUUCAUGGAAAGUGUGACUUUAAGAAAUAAUAAUAAUUUUGUUAAAUGUUUUUCCUUGUACAACCUGGUUUCUUUUUUGUAAAAAUGCUGGUACAAAUCGUAGAGAUUGUGCUGUUAAUACAGAUUGGUUCUCUUAAGGCUAUGUGAAUUUGUAAGGGCUGAACUAUGAUAUUCUGUUCGCAUCUGCUGGCUAAACUGUUUGAUAAUUGCAGUCAUUUGAAUGUCAGUUUUUGAUUUCAAUUGAAUUCCAAUAUCUGGGUGUUGGGAAUGAAGGUUCUAAAGAACCCACUGUGGACAAUGAGACCUUGGGGUGAUGAGUGAUUGUAAAUGUGGAUUUCUUCAGAAAUUCCUCUCUCCGCUUUCCUAUCCUUUUAACUGGAGUUUUUGCCCAGUUUUUAGCAAGUGGCUUAAGAAAAGUGGAGGAAGCAAUUUUAGAUGGACCAAUUGUCGCUAAGCGUCCCUGUGUUAGAAUCGUCCCCCAAUUCACGCCAGCAGUUUCUCUCGGUCCUUCUGUUUAACUAGUCCCCUGUACUUCAAUUCUGUCAGAAAAAAAAGGCCAAUAAGCUAAAGGCUUUAAUGAGUGCAAAUAUGUUCAUUUAUUGUACGAGUUUAGCAAACAACCUAGUUCCUUCAGUUUUUAACUGUCUUUACCACUCCAGUUUAGUUUAUUUUUGUUUUGGUUAGAAUUUUUUAUUGUUCUCAAGUAGCACUUAACAGCUGAAUAACUGAGAAACCAAUUGAAAUGAGCAAGUCUGUCCAGCCUCAUGAGGAUGGCCUCGUGGCUUCAUAAUGGAUUCCUCCCUCAGUCGAAUCUUGGUGAAAUUUCCACCAGUAUUCUGUGCCUAAGUGGGGUGGGGAUCCAUGAAGUCCAAGGUCAUGGUCAAUAGUUCAAUUUAAUAUCAGAGAAUGUAUUCAGUAUACAACCUGAAAAUCUUACUCUUCAUAGAUGUCCACGACACAGAAAAAAACCCCGAAGAAUGAAUGACAGAAACAUCAGGACCCAAAAGCUCCGCUCCCCCUUCCACGCACAAGCAACAGCAAAAGACUCGACCUUUCCCUCCCCCUCACUCCACGCACCAGCAAAAGCACCGACCGCCCCCCCCCCACCAUUCAAGCUAUAGCAAAGCCCCCAGAGAGACCUUGGUCUAGAGUCUAUCAAAACUACAGACCCUAUCCCAGCACUGUAGUAUCUCAGACAGGCUCUCUCUCACUAGCAAGGGAGAGAGAUCGCUCCUGUAACAACAACGAGACCAGGAGACCAGCUGCUUGCUAUUUUGAUGUUACAACCUUCCACAUUAUUUCUCUGAGUCUCCCGACUUGACCAACAGGCUCUCGCUCACCAUGAAAAAGGAGAGAGAGAGGAUCGCGAGUGCAGGGGUCUUCCCCCGACAGCAGCACACCUGUACCAGAGAUCGGAUAAAGGAUGGGUAGCGGAUCAGAGCAAAACUAUUCUGGCCAAGGUGCAACGUCGAUUUUUGUCACACCUGUAGAGAUCAAAUAUGACCAAAGGCCCUUGAGAACUUACCACGUCCCAACUCUGUUCAUGUUCAGCUAAAGGUUAUGCUGUCUUCUGGGAAGAUUACACAAUAAGUUGAUUGACAGGCAGAAUUUGCAAUGGAUCCCAAGCCAACCCCUAGAAAGAUCAGUUGCAUCCCUUCUUCUAUAACUUCAUAGGGAAAGAUACUUUGUGCAAUCUGUAUAAGGUGAGGAAUCAGCCUCACAGUGCAUUGCCCCUUUAAGAAAAUUAUUUCACUUCCUCUUUAAGCUAUUGCUCCCUCCCCACAUCUUUGUGGUUUCAGUCCCAAACCCAAGGUGGGGGGCACCCCUUUACGUGUCCCAGCCUCAAACCAAUAUCAAGCACUUUCCCAGUUGACACUUGAUAGAACCUCAUCUCUCAUCUUCACGAGCGUCUGCCAAAUGAAGGUUUCUAUAGAAAAUCUGGUUAGCGCUUUGCUUGCGAAAGAUUCAUAGUGCCAUUUGUUAAAUAGAAAUAUACCCCCACUCACUUUUGGAGAUUGCAUCUGUGGCCAGAAGUUUGGAAAUUGAAUAUACUGAAAGUGAGGACUGUUCUUCAAUAUAUAACUGCAUUCAUUAUAUUCAAGACAUAGCAGCUGGCCCACUCCACACUGUGCCCCAUGUCAUCACCUGAGUUAUAGGGAAAGGUUGAAUAGGUGAGCUCAUAAUUCCCUAGAGCAUAGAAGAAUAAAGGGAGAUUUGACAGAGGUAUACAACAUUAUGAGGGGUAUAGAUAGGGUAAAUGCAAGCAGGCUUUUUCCACUGAGGUUGGGUGACUAGAGCCAGAGGUCACGGGCUAAGACUGAAAGGUGAAAUGCUUGAGGGAACGUGAUGAGGAACUCCUUCACUCAGAGUGUGGUAACAGUGGCCAGCAGAAAUAAUGGAUUCGGGUUUGAAUGCCACGUUUAAGAGAAAUUUGGAUAGGUACAUGGAUGGGGAGGUAUGGUCUGGGUGCUGGUUGAUGGGACUAAGCAGAUUAAUAUUUUGGCAAGGACUAGAUGGUCCGAAGGCCUUUUUCUGUGCUGUAUGCUCUGUGACUCUAUAAUCCACCAAAGGUUUCCUCUCCACCAUGGGCAGUGCGUUGAAGAGCUUUUGCUGUAAUUCUGUGAUUCCUUGUAUUUAGAGUCAUAAAACACUACAGCACAGAAACAGGCCCUUCAGCCCAUCUAGUCUGUGCUGGACUAUUAUUCUGCCUAGACCCACAGACCUACACCCGGACCAUGGGCCUCAAUCUUAUUGUUCGUCCAAUAACAAUUACUUUCAAGGCAUUCUUCUUCCUUCUCACACUCACAUUGAAGUUAACUUGUUGUUUACAUCCAUGGCUAUGCGAGAUACUGGCAAUAGGUGAGGGGGGGGGGAUAAGUGGAAGAGGUAAAGUAUGAAGAAGAAGGAAUCUGACAUGAGAGGACCGCAGACCAUGGGAGAAAGAGUAGGAAUUAGGGAGCUGGGGAAAGUGAUGGGCAGUUGUGAGGGCAGGGUAGUGAACCCCUCAUCCGGUCUCACUUAUCAUCUGCCAUCUUGUACUUCCCCCUCCGCCCCCCACUUUCUUAUUCUGGCUUCAACCCCUUCCUUUCCAGUCUUAGUGAAGGGUCUCAGCCUGAAACGCUAACUGGUUUAUUCAUUUCCAUAGAGGUUUCCUGGCCUCCUAGAUUCAUCUCUCAUUUUGCGAGUGUUGCUCAAGAUUUCCGCAGUCUGCAAAAUCUCUUGUGUUUGACAUUAGAAGCAAACGUUGGAGGGAAAUUUACUUGAGAGAGCCAACGUUCUGGGAAAUGUUUAGGUUCAGUCACACAUACAACAAAACGUACAGCAAAAAGUAACAGCCAACAUAACCCCGCAUGUGCUGAGGGCAGCCACACAUUACGGCACCAACGUAGCAUGCUUACGAUGCUGAGCAGAGCAUUACAAACAACAACAGCAGCAAAACCAGCUCAGACACACUGAAAACUCUCCACCGGCUAGAACAUUGAGGGGAAUUGAUUUUUUAAACUCACUCGUCUAUUUUGAUUUCCAGCUUUGUAAUUAAGAUCCAGUUAAAGGACCAUCCUAAGAGUAACUGCCUAUCUUUGAAAUCUACUCAUUGUCCAGUUUGCCUUUUUUUCAUUCACAGGAUACCGGCAGCAAUGGCAAGGACACCAUUUUUUUCCACCACUAGUUGCCUCCUGUACAUGGUAACUUGCUGGUCUAUUUCACAGCCAAUUAUGCUGAUGAGACUGAAGCCACAAUCAGGCAAGAUUUCAUCAUAUUUCCUUUGCUGAAAGGCACUAGAUGGUAAUUUUGACAAUCCAGUAGUUUUAAAUGAGCUUUUUACUCCGGAUUUAUUUAGUUAAAAUGAACCUAAAUUCUGCAGUUAUCGUAGUUAGAUUUGAACUGUUGUCUCUGGAUUAACAGUCCAACUAUCGAGAAGUUAGAAUUUAAUGAUUUCAAUCAGAACCAAGAAGGCUAGCAAAUGCCUGAAUGACGUAUGAGGAACUUUUCCACCUGUGGGAUAGUUUCUUCCUUUUUGUGUUGCUCUCCUUAUCGCCUCAAUGUUUCUGGAAAUCAAGUCGUUCGGGAGCAUGUGUAGAAUUUCCAUUUUAUGAAGUGAAUAGAGAUUGGAUGAUUGUCCAAUUGUGGCCGGGAAUUGGCCUCGUCAACUGGGUGCAUGUGAGACAGUGUUGCAAGUAUUGGCAGUCAUAUUUAGCUUGAAUGUGUAUUAGUGGGGAGAGUUAAUGAAUUCUUCAUAGACCAAUAUUAUUGGCUUGCAAUGAAAUCAUCCAGCAGUGCUUCCUCCUGAGGGGGGCUGCCAAUCAAACAUUUCAUCACCCAGACCCCACCGAUUGGAUGAUGUCAUGAUAAGGGCACCCUGCCUCUUCAUCAGGCCAAAACAGUUCUGCAGUGGCCAAACAGUUUCUUGGGCAAUGCUGUGCCUCUGGGACAAAAGCCAGUGCUGAUCAGAAUGAUGUUUCCAGUUGCCAAGCAGUCAACCAUGUGAAGGUAAAGAUCGGACACCAGAACAUGGUCUUUUCUGGGGGUGAACUAUGUUCCUAUUAAGUGUGCAAGUGAACCUCACCUUAGCGGACCAGUGAUGUAAUGGGAGUAUUCCAUGGAUUUUUGGAGCCCAAGCUGGGACCUUUGACUUGGAGAAGGAGCUCGGCACAAUAAUGUUCCAAUGUAGGUAAUGUGCCAACUUCUACAAGGUAUUUGGGCAAGUACAGGGAUUGGAAAGGUUUAGAGCAGGGGUUCUAAACAUCAGGUCCAUGGAUCGCUUGCUUAAUGAUAUUGGUCCACGGCAUUAAAAAAGGAUGGGAACCCCUGGUUUAGGGGGAUGUGGGCAAAACACAGGUGCGGGAUUAUUUAGUUAGGCAUUGAGGCCAUUAUGGACCAGCUGGCAUGACUCUCCAGCUAUUGCUCCGAGAAACUGGGCCUCUCCUGCUCUGACAGAGGCCCUAUAAACACCUUGACCUUGAAACCCUUAGGCUCUUUGCUAAACUCUGCAAUAAAGGUACACCUUCACUUUCAUUAUCGCUUACUUAUUCAUGUGAUGGUGAUCUUUUUAAUUGUUUUUUUUUGCACUGUGUAUAAAGGCAAGCUCGUUCGCACACACACAAUAAAAAAGUUACUUGCCCCAUUCGUUGUUUAAAGUCGAGCAUUCUAAAUGCUGCAGUUUUUUGUUUUGUUUCCUCUCCUAUUUUCUUCUCUCUGUUGAACGGAAAUUAGCGGAUAGAGUUCUUUUGUUUCCAUAAAAUUAUUGUGAUAUUAUAUAUUUAGCAGCCUUUAUAUCUAAAUAAAACUACAAG